CGACAUUCGUACGAACGUAAUAUUCAUUUAUUUCGUGAUUAUUGAUUAUCUCCAAACGACGUUUUGGUUAUUACUUAUCGUUGUAUUUUAAAAUGUUGUAGUCGACGAUAUCGUACUGUUAUUUAACUACUACGAGUACUAGUACUAGGAAGACGACUAUAAUAAGUUCCCUCGAUAGCUACUCUUCCACCACCGCCCCCGAAGAACGAAAUCAUUGUAAAUCGUUUUUAUUCGUUUUUUUUUUUUUCACUCAAACCGUAAUCGCCGUCGCCUAGGAUACGGUUAGCUGCGUACGUAAACAAUUUGUUUAUACGACCACUGCACAAACAAUAUCGUCUGCCGAUCAGUUGUAGUGCGAAUGUGUGAUAUUGAUAAUCAGAGCCACCGGCUGCGCUGCUCCGUCCCAGUCGCUCGUCAUCGAUCCAGUGGUCGUUUAUAUCGAUAAAAAAAAAAAAGUCACUUGCGUCUCGACACCGAUUUAGGUAAUUGAAAGUCGAUUCGAUCGCCGUGCCCACACGAUAUCCGUUGGCGUUCUCCAUCGAUUUGACGACCGACAGCUACGAACCGCCGCCGCUCCGGCUUUAGACUGUUGUUGUUAUUGUUGGAAGCACAUAAGUCAGUGUAAGUAUGCCGUCUACAAACCGAAAAAAGUCUGGAGGCAACAAAUUUGAGUUUAGUGAAAAACAGAUGGCUGAUAUAAAAGAAGCUUUUGAACUGUUUAAUACAGAUGGAUCUGGGUCAAUCGAAACCAAAGAGUUAAAGGUAGCCAUGAGAGCUUUGGGAUUUGAACCAAAAAAAGAAGAAAUCAAACGCAUGUUGCUUAACUUAAAUAAACAGCAUACAGGUGUCAUAACGUAUGAUGAUUUUGUUACUUUAAUGUCAAUGAAGAUGGCAGAUAAAGAUUCAAGAGAAGAAAUUAUUAAAGCAUUUAAACUAUUUGAUGAUAAUUGUACAGGAAAAAUAACGUUUUCCAAUUUAAAACGUAUUGCCCAAGAAUUAGGCGAGAAUAUUGCUGACGAAGAACUCCAGGAAAUGAUAGAUGAAGCAGAUAAAGAUGGUGAUGGUGAAGUCAGUCAAGAAGAAUUUCUUCAAAUUAUGAAGAAAACCAAUUUAUAUUAAAUGCAUAUUACAACCCUAUUCUAUCAAAAAACUUAUUAUUUAUUUGUGUGUACAC